AAUAUGUGGAUUUUCAACUGCAAUUAUUGUUUCAAACGAUGUUUAUCGGCCAUCCCGUGUUCCAAAUGUUCACAGGUUGUCUAUUGUGAUGAGACGUGUCUACAAAAAGCCCACACCAGUUACCACGGUAUAGAAUGUUCAUUAGUCUACCCUCUCAAAGCGGACCCAACUGUUGAACCCACCCACGAUCUGGCUUUACGUUGUUUUGUUCAGCUGAUUAAUGUAAUGGGCCUCGAACAUUACUGCUCGUUGGUACAAAAGUAUAAUGAAACAAACUUUAGUUUUGACGAAAACAGCGAUAAUCGUGAUGAUGUGGACAAUACUUUUCACUCGAUAUAUGCACUGGACGGAAACGAGACCAAAAGAACCGUAUCCAAUUUAUUUUUCAUGCAUUGCACCGCGUCAAUGAUGGUGUCUCUGUUGUCGUUGAAUGAAUAUUAUGAUAUACCAUCUAAUUUGUUGGGCACUGUUGGUGUAUCAUUGGUUCAUUUGCUGUGUGUAGCCAACUUGAACUCACACGCGUCUGUAGAGCAUUCCAAGUACAUAGGAAAGAACAGUAAUAAUGUCGUCUUGAACCGACCAGUGACUUAUGAUUCUGUCGCUCUUGUCCUAUGCACUGCGUACAGUUUGAUAAAUCAUUCGUGCGAUCCAAAUGUGAUCGUUCAAACGUAUAGUGGUGUAGAGGUGACUCGGGCAAUACAGCCGAUUUCUAAAGGAUCUCAACUAUUCACUGAUUAUGGCGUCAAAUUUAUGACACACGACAAAGAAGAACGCAGUAGACAUUUAUUUGAUCAAUACCAAUUCCAAUGUCAGUGCCAGGCUUGUACGAACGAUUGGCCUAUCUAUGCAUCACUGGAACUCGAUGAAUUAUUUAUUAGAGUUGUGUUCAUACCAUGA